UUACAUUUAACCUGGUUCAUUUGGAUCCUGAGCCUGAUUGUCACAGUUACUUCGGGCCAGCAUGCAUGGCAAAAGAUCGACGAGAAAAAUUGCUCAAUCACAGUGUCACUCAAGCGUUGUUGAGAUGGAAAUGGCUAAUUUUGGGAAAGUGUGUCUCCUUGAUUAACUGUGUUGUAAUGGCCGCUUAUGUCAUCCUGUUCUCGUAUCUCUUUGUCGAAGAGAGGAACAAAAUCAAUUUUUCAUUGACCUCUUCUGAGAAAGCAGCCAACGGAGAUGUUAAAAUCAAUUCGUCGUUUGAGCUGACCGUGGCUUAUGUUAUACUAGCGUUUUUGAUCGUGCAGCUCAUCAAGGAAGUUAUUCAAAUCAUUUGGCAGCGUUUUUCUUACUUUAGGGAUAUCACAAACUUGUCAGAGUUAGUAAUGUACGUAUUAGUCUGGAUUUUUAUACUUCCUCACAUGACUGGGAGAAUUAUAUACAGCACACAGACUCAAUGGAUAGCAGGUAUACUCGGUCUUCU